AUGGUUUCAGAAGGCAAAGAGCGAGCUACUGAACAUUUAUCCAAAGCAGAAUUAGCAUUUAUAGCUUUACUUGUCAACGUAGAAGGUGGUCUAGCCGAAGGUAAAGAUAAACCAAGAAAUUCAUAUGGAUUAUCAUUCGAAAAUAUUAAAAUUGUACGUGGUCAUAUGAAUCGAACAGCCGAUGGUACUAACUUCGAAUAUAGCCAAAGUUCAAAAGGUUUAAAAUUCAAAAUAGAAAAUGAAAAUGAUGAACAAAUAAAACAAGCUGCUGAAGAUGACGAAGUCAAAGAACCAAAAGAAGGUAAAACUUAUGUUGCUAUUCUUACAAAUCAAAAUAAUAUUGAAGUUCUUAUUGAAAUUGAUCCUCAUGAUAUCGCCGAAAUUAUUCAAAGUGCCCGAGACAAAGAAACAGCUACUUAA